GGAGGUUUUGGAAAUGAUAAGGGUGACAAUGUUGAUUACACAUCAUUUUUCAUAAAUGAUGUUGUUUAUGAUACCCAUGAUGAUGCUUGUGCGGCUGCAAGGGAGAUUGCCAUGAGAAAUAGGUUUUUCUUGAUUGUGGGAUCAGUCAAGCAAAAUCACUCAUCAGAAAAAUAUCCGCGGUACUAUAUGGAUUGCAACCAUGGCUAUAGGAACAAGUCAUAUACUCCUGAUUUGGCAAAAACAACACGGUGCAAAUCUAAAACAGGUAAGUCUGAUUGUCGUUUCCGAGUGGUAGUGCGUUGUUCAUUGGUAGAUGGCAAGUGCGAGUGGAGAAUUUUUGGUGUUAAGGACAAAGAUAAUCCGGGUAAGUCGAGAGGAUUUCACAAUCACAAAUUGGAGGUUUAUUCUGAAGGAAGUAGGCAAAGGAAUUAUCUUUCGAAAGAGAGAAGAAUGGAUAUUAAGGAGAUGGAGGCAACACAUACUCAAGCAAGAGAUAUUAGGAGUUUUGUGAAUAGGAAGUAUGAUGCUCAUCACCAUAUGAAGCAGAUUUAUAACGAGACAGAAAAGAUUAGGCGUGAGAGAUUGGGUGGCAUGAAACCUAUGCGGUGGACAUUGAUAGAAGCUCAACGUCUCGAUUACUUUGUUGAGUGCGAGUUUGAUGAUGAGCGUCGUGUUUCUAGACUCUUCCUUUGCCAUCCAGAGUCUAUUCGGAUGUUGAGCGCAUGGUAUUUCGUCAUUUUGAUAGACUCAACUUACACGACCAACAAGUAUAAGCAGCCACUAGUUCAGUUGAUUGGUGUUAGUCCGGUGAAGAAGAACUUCAAUAUUGGGUUUGCAUUGGUGUCGGAUGAGACGAAGUUGAAGGCCUACAAGAGCCUAGGGAGUCAGAGGCUCAAAGGGGACGACCACCUAAGAGGGCCAACGCCCGAGAUCCUUCUUCGUUUGAGCAUGAGAGGGCAAGGGCAGAAAAGAGGAGCAAAACAAAUCAGAGCCCGAGGACACCUAGGAGCAAAACAAAUCAGAGCCCGAGGACACCUAGGAGCAAAACCCCAGCAGGUUAGCAUCAUUUUAAUAUUUUUGUGA